CUUAUUCCAUCAGCGCUCGUAAUCUCAAGAGGUUUUUAGCAAUGGCCGUUAGCGGCGCCCUUGCCAGAUCCGAUGGCAAGGACUACCCCGGGGAGAUGACGGUGUUCGUCUUCCUGGCCUGCCUCGUCGCCUCCUCCGGCGGUCUCAUCUUCGGCUAUGACAUCGGCAUCUCCGGUGGGGUGACGUCGAUGGACCCGUUCCUGGUCCGUUUCUUCCCGUCGGUGUACGCCAAGGAGCAGGAGGUGGUGGAGACGAACCAGUACUGCAAGUUCGACAGCGCGCUGCUGACGCUCUUCACGUCGUCGCUCUACCUGGCCGCGCUCAUCGCCUCGCUCUUCGCCUCCGUGGUGACCAGGAAGUGCGGCCGCAGGAUGUCCAUGCUCGGCGGCGGCGUCAUCUUCCUCGCCGGCGCCAUCCUCAACGGCUUCGCCAUCAACAUCGCCAUGCUCAUCGUCGGCAGGAUCUUCCUCGGCAUCGGCGUCGGCUUCAGCAACCAGGCUGUUCCUCUGUACCUGUCGGAGAUGGCGCCGGCCAAGACGCGCGGCAUGCUCAACAUCAGCUUCCAGCUGAUGAUCACCCUGGGCAUCCUGGCCGCGAACCUCAUCAACUACUUCACGGCCAAGAUCUCGGGCGGCUGGGGCUGGCGCCUCAGCCUGGGGCUCGCCGCGGUCCCAGCGCUCAUCAUGGCUGGAGGCUCCCUCUUCCUCCCUGACACGCCCAACUCCCUGGUGGCCCGCGGCAAGGAGGAAGAAGCACGCGCCAUGCUUCGCCGCAUCCGGGGCACCCACGACGUCGGCCUCGAGUACGACGACCUGGUGGCGGCCAGCGAGGCGUCCAAGGCCAUCGAGAACCCGUGGAAGACGCUCCUGGAGCGGCGGUACCGGCCGCAGCUGGCCAUGGCCAUCCUGAUCCCGACGCUGCAGCAGCUGACGGGCAUCAACGUGGUGAUGUUCUACGCGCCCGUGCUCUUCAAGACCAUCGGCUUCGGCGGCACCGCCUCGCUCAUGUCCUCCGUCAUCAGCGGCGGCGUCAACAUGCUCGCCACCUUCGUCUCCAUCGCCGCCGUCGACCGCCUCGGACGCCGCAAGCUCCUCCUCGAGGGCGGCUGCCAGAUGAUCGUCGCGCAGUUCGUGCUCGGGACGCUCAUCCUGAUCAAGUUCGGCACGGACGGCGUGGCGAGCAUCUCGCGGCCGUACGCCAUCGGCGUGGUGUUCUGCAUCUGCGUCUUCGUGUCGGCGUUCGCGUGGUCGUGGGGUCCCCUGGGGUGGCUGGUGCCCAGCGAGAUCUUCCCGCUGGAGAUCAGGUCGGCGGCGCAGAGCAUGGUGGUGGUCUUCAACAUGGCCUUCACCUUCAUCAUCGCGCAGAUCUUCCUCAUGCUGCUCUGCAAGCUCAAGUUCGGCCUCUUCUACUUCUUCGGCGCCUGCGAGCUCGUCAUGACGCUCUUCGUCUACUUCUUCCUGCCGGAGACCAAGGGGAUCCCCAUCGAGGAGAUGGACAGGAUCUGGGGCAGGCACUGGUACUGGAAGCGAUUCGUGGACGACGCCGCCGGCGCUGGCAACAACCGCAAGGUCCAGAUGGCAUCCAACGCCGUAUGACCACUUCCGGGUUGAACACGUCUUAGUUAUAGUUAAUUUUGACCUCCGAGGUUUUGAUGUUCAUCAGAGUGUUAAUUAGCUAGCGUUACUUGUGUCUCUGCAUUUUUGAGUUUUUUUUGUAGGAAACGACUCAACUAUGUACAACCGGUUCGGGUAAAUAAUACUCCACUAGCUAGGAUUUUCGUCUUGACA